AUGGAACUUCCCUACGUAACCCUCGACGUCUUCACCCGCACCCGCUUCGCCGGCAACCCCCUCGCCGUCGUAACCAUCCCUCCCUCCGGCCCCCCUCCAACCCAAGCCCAAAAGCAAUCCAUCGCCCGCGAAUUCAACUUCUCCGAGACAAUCUUCAUCCACGACGUCGCUGACCCGGCCACAAACACCUCCCGCACCAUCGACAUCUUCCUCACCACCGCCGAGAUCCCCUUUGCGGGCCACCCAACCAUCGGCGGCGCCAUCACGCUUCUUCCCCAGGGCGUCACCCAAAUCGUCACAAAGGCCGGCCCCAUCCCCGUCACGCCCACCGGCCCGGACUCCGUCUCCAUCGGCAUCCCGCACAACGUCCACCUGCACGCCGCCAGCCUCGCCUCCUAUCCGGGCCUCGAGCCUGCGGUCCAUCUGCAGCGCAAUGAGGCCGUUCGCCAGCUGGAGCUUGCGGCGCCCGUCUUCAGCCUCGUCAAGGGCAUGACCUUUGUGCCCAUUGAGCUGCCGUCGCUGGAGCUGCUCGCCGCCGUCAAUGUCAGCAGCAUGGAGUUCAAGGCAGCCGAUUUUCUCGACGCCGACUGGCAGCAAGGCUUUGUCGGCCGCUUCUACCAUGUCAUCACGGGCACCUCCACCACGGACGACGGCGUGCCGGUUAUUCAGCUGCGCACUCGCAUGAUGGCCCAUGACCUGGAGGAUCCCGCCACAGGCUCGGCUUCGUGCUGUCUGGCGGCCUACAUGAGCAUCCAUGGAGGGGACAAGCAGACAACGCAGAAGCGACGGUACGAAUUCACCCAGGGCGUCGAGAUGGGCAGGGAGAGCUUCAUUGUGGUCGACGUCAGCCUCAAAGACGGGGCUCUUGAUACAGUCACACUUGCUGGGUCGGCGGUCCAAGUCAUGCGUGGACAUGUUACCAUUUAG